AUGGCAACCAGCCGCCUGACCUUUUUGUAUCCGCACCUCUUCCGGACAGGAGGGCGCUGGGGCGAACCGGCAGCAUCUCAUUGCUCUCAUGUCGUCGCGGGCAAAUCCCGUUGCAAGCCGUCCGGCCUCAUUCCAUCGUCGCCCGUCUGCGCCCAACAUGCGAGCCCCUUCACGACGCCCUCGGCAGGCAGGCAGGCCGCCUUUGCCAAGCGAGCUGGAAAGGCCGUAGAGCCGCUUCCAAUAUACGAGUCGACCGAGCCGCCGCCCAAGGCCGGCCCCGAUAGUGCCAGGAAGAAUGGCCGGAACAAGAAAGAGAAAGACGCCGUCCAGAGUGCCGCACAAGCAACACUCACGCAGCAACCUCCCUCGUACGAUACUCCAAGUCAAUUCAACACCUCUCCGCCGCCGCCUCCUGACCCUCCUGCAACGAUCGAACUGCCUCCUCCGCAGGACAUCGACCCCAUCACCCAGACCAAAAAGGGCAGUCCAAUGGACGAGAUCCUACACAGGGCCCCGCCACCUGGCAUGUCUUCCUCCGCUCCCUUUACACAACCGUCAUCAUCAGACGCCGCCGCCUCCACCGGGCCCGACCAAUCCGUAACCACAAGCCCUAACAACAGCUUGGCCGUCACCAGACCGGACAACAAGCCACCGCACCUGACACCCGCCCCCUACGUGCACCACUUCGACUCCUACACACUGGUCAAGCAACUACAAGCAGGCGGGUACACACUGCCGCAGGCGAUCCUGGCCAUGAAGGCGAUCCGGACGCUGCUCGCAUCCAACCUGGACGUGGCGCAGGCCGGGCUCGUUUCCAAAGCCGACGUCGAGAACGAGACAUACCUGUUCCGGGCGGCGUGCAGCGAGCUGAGCGCCGAGGUGCGCAACAACCGGCGCGUGGCCGACGAGCAGCUGCGGCAGCAGCGCACCCUGCUGCAGCACGAGGUUGACAUACUCGCGCAGCGGCUCAACCAGGAGCUGCUCACCCUCAAUGACAGCGUGCGGGGCAUGUUCAACGACCGCCGCAUGGCCGUCCGCGAGGAGCAGAAGGCUGUGGAAAGUAGGAUACAACAAAUCAACUACAAAAUCAGCGUCACGCUCAACAGCGACGCAAAAUCCGACAUUGAAGGGCUGCGCUGGGUACUCAUUAGGAGAUCCGUCUUGGGUAUCAUUUUCAUGGCCGUCAUGACGCUCGGCACGCUGCGGUACGCUACCUACGUGAGCCAUCAGCGGCAAAAGGAAGCACAGGAGCGGGCGCGGGAAGAGCAGGAGGCGGCGAAGCAUGACGGGAGACGUGACAACUCGGCUCCUGCCGAGGCAGCCGAGCUUCUCGCAGCGAAUUGA